AAUACGAGACUGUGCGUGUGUGUGUGUGUGUGUCAGCGCUGCAAAGCUGAGACAUGACCUCCAGUGUGAAGUCCAGAAGUAAGAACCCGUACGCAGCCGUGCAGGUGGACCCAGACAGCGACUACGUCACACCGGGGACGCUGGACCUGGAGCAGCUCUUCUGGACUGGAACCACGGCUCCUUACACACACGUCAACCUCGUCUGGCCUAACAUUUACAUCGGGGACGAGAAAACAGCCUUGGAGCAGCACGGCCUGAUGGAGCUGGGUGUUACACACGUCCUGAACGCAGCAGAGGGAAAGUACAACAACGUGCUGACCGGCGCUCACUACUACAAAGACACAGGGAUCCAGUACUUGGGCAUCGAGGCUGAUGACAAACCCACCUUCAACAUCUCCCAGUACUUCUGUCCUGCCGCACAUUUCAUUCACGAAGCCCUCAGCCACCCACAGAACAAGGUGCUGGUGCACUGUGUGAUGGGUCGGAGCAGGUCGGCCACUCUGGUGCUGGCAUACCUCAUGAUGAACCACAGCCUGACUGUGGUGGAUGCCAUUGAGCACGUGCGACAGCACCGCUGCAUCCUGCCGAAUCACGGCUUCCUGAAGCAGCUCAGGGCCUUGGACAUUGCAAUGCAAGAGGAAAAGCUGAGACUGAAGAGAGAAAUGCAGGAACCACAGCACACAACAAACAGCUGA